CCCCCCAAAAAGAAAAAAAGUAAAGGACCAUUUAUAGUUACAUUCGUUUCGUAAUUCAAAAAUCAAGUUCUGCUGCUAGCAAAAAUGCAGGCAAUCGCACCGUCUUCCACCAGCACAUCCCUCAAAUCUCUCUUCGGAGACCACCACAAGCCCUUAACGAGGGCACCCAAGUCCUUCAAUCUCAAUCACCACUGGAACACAACACGCCUCAUGGUCCAUUGCAUCUCCCGUCCUGAUUCCUCCAAUAACUUUGCCGGCAGCGAAGGUUCAGUCUCAGGCUCAAGCCCAACUAGGCGCGCUGAUUGGCAGAGCUCCUGCGCUAUCCUCGCCAGCAAAGUCGUCUCUCAGCAGCAAAACACCGACACCACCAACAACACCGAAAUCACCGCCGUUAAUGGCCACACAACCCUAGAUCUGGUCCCUCUCGGUAAUCUUCCCAAGCCCUUGACCAUCACAGAUCUCUCCCCUGCCCCUUUGCAUGGUUCCACCCUCCGCGUGGCUUACCAAGGCGUCCCAGGCGCUUACAGCGAAGCUGCUGCCGGCAAAGCCUACCCCAACUGCGAAGCCAUCCCCUGCGACCAAUUCGAAGUGGCUUUCCAAGCGGUCGAGCUUUGGAUCGCAGACAGAGCUGUCCUCCCCGUAGAGAACUCUCUUGGAGGUAGCAUCCACCGGAACUACGACCUCCUCCUCCGCCACCGUCUCCACAUCGUCGGAGAGGUUCAGCUUCCAGUUCACCACUGCCUCUUGGCCUUGCCCGGGGUGAGGAAAGAGUACUUAACACGUGUCAUCAGCCACCCACAGGCGCUGUCCCAAUGCGAACAUACACUCACCAAAAUGGGCUUGAACGUGGUACGUGAAGCCGUCGACGACACCGCAGGUGCGGCGGAGUACGUAGCGGCGACAAACUUGAGAGAUACGGCGGCGAUUGCAAGUGCCCGGGCGGCGGAGCUGUACGGUAUGCAGAUCUUAGCAGAUGGGAUACAAGAUGACUCGGGAAACGUGACCCGGUUCGUGAUGUUGGCUCGUGAACCAAUCAUUCCCCGGACGGACCGGCCAUUUAAGACAAGUAUCGUGUUUGCUCAUGAUAAGGGAACGUCGGUGUUGUUUAAGGUGUUGUCGGCGUUUGCGUUCAGGAACAUCACUUUGACGAAGAUAGAAAGCAGGCCGCAUCGGAACCGUCCGAUUAGGUUGGUGGAUGAUGCGAAUGUGGGGACAGCGAAACACUUUGAGUACAUGUUUUACGUUGAUUUUGAGGCGUCGAUGGCGGACGUGAGGGCCCAGAAUGCUUUGGCUGAAGUGCAAGAAUUCACGUCGUUUCUUAGGGUGUUGGGGAGUUAUCCUAUGGAUAUGACGCCUUGGUCCCCUUCUGGUUCAGAUUCCAUUUGAUUGGAUUGGAUUGGAUUUUUUUUUUUUUAAUUUUAUAUAUUUCUCUUUUUU